UUGGGGGGAUGGAGGCUUUUACUGGGGAGGUGAACGGCAUCAGAGCGCCAGGCACAGUUGUGAUGUGCUCUGUGGAUGAUGCUCCUCGGUGAUGGAGCCUCGUGUUUAAUAUGUGCAACACUUUUCUCUCCACUUUUCAGCGCAACAAGUGAAUUAUGGACGAGUCGGUCUCCAGCCUAACAGAGGAGAGAGGCGCCUGCACGUGAAAAACCCAAAGCGAAUGCCGCAGUGCCAGCCGCUCUGUGGGGAUGGAGACCGGCAAUCUAGUGGCGGUGACAUGUCUGUUUCUCCUGGGGUUGGUCUUCUCCUCAUCGGGGACAGGUUUUUGUCCAGACCGCUGCGACUGUCAACACCCGCUGCACCUUAUGUGCACAAACCGCGGGUUGCGCACUGUGCCAAAACCCGCCGUGCGGGUUCCCGAGGAGGUGCUGGUCUUCAGUCUUGGGGGCAAUUUCAUCAGUAACAUCUCUGCAUUCGACUUUUCAAGGUAUAGUAACCUCUUAAGGUUGAAUUUACAGUAUAAUCAAAUACAAGCCAUUCAUCCCAAAGCUUUUGAGAAGCUUUCGAGGCUGGAGGAGCUGUACUUGGGACAUAAUAUUUUAUCAUCUGUACCUGCUGGAACCUUACAGCCUCUAAAGAAGUUGACUAUUCUCUACUGUAAUAAUAAUGCCAUCAAGAAAAUCGCCCCAGAGCUCUUUGCCAACUUGGAUAAUCUUGUUAAAUUGCGCCUGGAUGGUAACGCCAUAGAGGUCCUGCAGGAUUCUGACUUAAAAAGUUUGACCAGUUUACAUCACCUCCACCUGGAGUACAACCAGCUGCACCACAUCCACAGAAACGCUUUUUCUAAACUCACAAACCUGCGCUUUCUAAACCUGGCCCAUAACAAGCAGGCGGCCGUGCGUAAUGGAUUCACUUUUUCCCAACUCAAAGCCCUGACAACUCUGCUGCUGUCUGAGAAUGAAAUCCAGUACGUGGGGAACCAGGUCUUCCAGAGUCUCACAAAGCUGUCCAAACUGUCGCUCAGCAAUAACAGAAUUUCUCGUCUGGACAGCGGGGCUCUGAAGGGGCUGUCGAGCCUCAGAGAGUUCCUGAUUGACGGCAACGAGCUGGAGGAAAUCCCCGCCGGUCUCCUGGACCCUCUGGAGCGCAUUGAGGAGCUGGACUUCAGUCGCAACCGGAUUUCCAAUGUUGACUCCAAGGCUUUCUCUCAUCUUAAACAUCUUAAGGUUCUGAAGCUGAAAAACAACCUGCUCACCAGCCUGUCCGGUGACAUUUUUGCCCUCAACAAUGUGCUUUACGACCUGGAUCUCCAUGGCAACAACUGGACUUGUGACUGCCGCCUUGAGGAGCUGAAAAGGUGGAUGACAGUAGCACACUCUCAGGGUAAACUGCUGACUGUCUUUGUGCAGUGUCACCACCCAGCAUCUCUGAGGGGCAAAUAUCUGGAUUAUGUGAACAGUUCCCAGCUGCAGCCUCUUGGGAACUGGACUCAUCUGUGCAGGACGGGGCCUGAGGAGAGCAGGAGUGGGGGGGUGUUGGUAAAGGUGGAGGGCAAAGACAGUGGACAGGUGGAUGCAGUGAUCCAGAAUGAGAGGGAUGAAGAAGGUCUGGUAGAAGAAAAGGAAAAUAAAAAGGAGGAGUUGUUGCAGGAAGAGCAUGUGGAAUUAAGUGAGGAGAAAAGGAACGAAGAGAAUAGAACUAGAGGGGAGCAGGAUCAGGUGGGGAUCCAAGGAGACCAAGGGGGUCCAGAGGUGGAAGAAUCCUCUCCUUCACUGGAAAGAAAAAAACCGAAGAAGGAUUUCCUCAGCAUAAGGUCACGGCCUGAUGCAGAGGCUGCUGGGAAACGACCGAAAGGGAGGCGAAGGUCAAAUGUCAUUUCCAGAACUGAUCCGCCGGCCCUCCUCACAACAAGUUUUUCUGGAAAGCAGGACAGACGGUCAUCUGAUCCAAACACAGAGCUCACCACACAGUCUCCUGUUGAGUCACCAGAGAAGUUUGACCUCCUCAGGUCAGAUCUGCCUGUGAUCACUGACCCCUGUGUGUUCAACCGCCAUGUCAUCACUAAUGUGUCUGUGGAUCAGGUCACAUCCAGCACCGUCACCGUGUACUGGACCACCAGGGAUCACCACCGCUACACACCUGGACCUGGACCUGGCUCAGGCCUGGUUGAAGUCCACUACAGGAUUCUGUUUGACCGCUUUGGGACCCCAGACCGCUUCCCUCGCUACGUUUAUGCUCGUGGCACAGCUCGCUCUGUGACCCUUCGGGAACUCAGCUCUGAUGUGACCUACAUGGUGUGUGUGGAGGGAGUUGUUGGUGGAUCUGUGUGCCAAGUGGCUCCCCGGGACCACUGUGCAGGGCUGGUCACUCUAUCUGAGGGCUUCAGUCGUGAAGGUUCGCUGACCUCUGACCUCCAGCUGGUGACCGUGGCGACACUGGCUGGGAAUGCUGUGCUGCUGCUUGUGAUUGGCGGGGUCUGGUUGGGGCGGAGCCUCAAGAGGAGGCUGCAGAGGAGAAAGUCAGCUGUUCAUGUGCGUCACAUGUACUCCACAAGAAGACCGUUCCGUCCAGCCAUGGCGACCGCCUCCGUGUCCACUGACUUUACCACUUAUCAGAGCAGUCGUCCAACACGACUUGCACCAUUAGAGGAAGGGGACCUCAUUGAGUUCCCAUGUGACCGCUUUCUGGACAACACUUGUGUGCGCAGAGACAGUGACAUGCAGAGGUUCUCUGACUAGAACCAUGAGAACAUCCACAAUGUUGACAAAGAACACUGUACAACACAACGAUAUGUUAAGUGGUUAGUGUUGAAAUCCUUUGGCUGUUCUUCUUUAAUUCAGUCUACUUCACAGUUUGUUGACACAGUACAGUACCAUAUCUCAUUACAGUAAAACCAUUGGGUGUGUUUGUGGUUGUGAACCAUCCAAGACUGCAAUCCUAUCUUUAUGUGUUAUGUUUUUUCAGUUGACCACAGGACUAACUUGAGUCUGUUGUUAUUGCAGGGGUGAUUGUGACAAUAGAGCUGCUGAGCUCAUGAGGGCUUUUUUCAGACUCUACAGGAAGUCAAAUCCCUAUGACUUCCUCUUCCUGAUUUACGUCUUUCCUCUUUCAUUUCCUUACACCUGCAAGUGAUUCUGGACGUGUGAUUUUGUGUGAGUGCAAGUGUGAAUGCAUGAAUGAUUCAUCACUGAUUUCACUGAUGGUGCUAAUAUUGAAUUCAUAGGCAAGGUCUGUUGACAAGAAUGUGUACAGAAUGUAAUGAUGGCUGCUGGUUGGCAGAGAAAUGAUAAUGGUUUUGUAUUAUAUCUUUAAUGUUUUAUACUUUUAUAUGGAAACUUGUAUUAUUCUGCAUUACACAAGUAAAAUCCCCAACAAUGUGACUGGUUAGUGGUUUGAGUUUUUACUUAAUACUGUUAUAUGGCAAUUGUGACCGUUUUAAGAGUGUUAUAGCAUAUACUGUACACCCAAAAAAAACGUA